AGACAUCCUCAAAUCUAACACUAUGUUCAAGUUUGCCUUGAUCCUCGCCUUCGUGGCCGUUGCCCGUGGAUCUGUCGUGCCUGUGGCGCAAACAGGUGCUGACUACACAAGCUUCGCGUACGACGUGGCCGAUCCCAACACUGGCGACUACAAAAGCCAGGUGGAGACCCGCUCCGGAGGCAACGUCGUCGGUCAAUAUUCGCUUUUGGACGCUGAUGGCACUAAGCGCACUGUCGACUAUUCCGCUGAUGACGUCAAUGGAUUCAACGCGGUUGUGCGUAAAGACCCUGCCGUUGUAGCUGCCGCUCCCGCUGUGGUGUCUACCCCCGUUGUUGCCGCUCCUGCUGUGGUUUCCGCUCCCGUUGCUGGCGCUCCUGCGGUUGUUGCUGCUCGCACUUACACCGCUCCUACUGUGUACGCUGCGGCUCCAGCCGUAGCCUCCGCUCCCGUGGUAGCCGCUCGUACUUACGUCGCUCCCUCCGUAUAUGCCUCCGCUCCCGUCGUUGCCCAAACGUACGCCGCUGCGGCUCCCGUGAUUACCAGUACGUACACGGCCGCUGCUCCAGUAGUAGGAGCUCGGUCUUAUUCUUCUGUUUACUCUGCUGGCCCAGUCGUGUCUCCCUAUUACACCGCGUACUCUAACCCCAUUACCCACUGGUAAUUCAAUAAGAUCAAACCACGACUUAUUCCAACGGUUUUCUGAGUUAUUCAAAUGUUAUAA